AUGGACAAUGGUGUCUUUAUAGUUCUACCAGAACUUCACGAUUACGAUCCACGUACUGUCUUCCAGAACCAUCCUGAUGUCGUAGAGACCAUAAACCAACAACAUUUUUAUAACUCACAGUUAAUACAAUUCGUGGAUACACUCACCCAAGUGGAUAAAGUGACGGAACGAUCUUUGCCGACUGAUACCGUAGCACGCAGAGCUGUGGAUGAUGAAAAUGAGACUCCUCCACAGCAAAAGGAUCAGACUUAUAACCCUAUCAGUCGCAAUCUCAAAUUGCUAUAUAGCUACGCUAUCAAAACCCUACAGAAUAAGCCAAUACCAAAAGAAUUCUAUAUGAUGCGAGGGCUAGGUAUUAAAAAGCGACAAGCCCCCACGCAAGCCACCGUAAGCUUAGGUAAUCAUAGAGCUUAA